AUGAGCGACUCCCUCUGCCUCCACCUUCGCCUCGAGAUCCCCGAGUUCACCAAGGUCGGCCUCCGCGUCGACCGCAAGAACCGCGUCAUCUCGGUCGCCUCUGGCUCUCCCGCGGCGCUGGCAGGCCUCAUGCCAAACGACCUGAUCGAGCAGGUGGAGGGGCUCUCGCUCACGGCGGAGCGCGGCGUGCAGGCGGCCCUCGCCGACCGCACCACAUCGGCGCCGCUCCUGCGCGUGCGGCGCGGCGGAGGAGGCCGCCGCGCCAAGCCGUCGCGCCGCCGGACGUCCGACGAGCAGCCGGCGAGCGAGGCCGAGGCGGGCGAGGAGGGGAACGGCGAGGGCGGCUUCGAGAGGCUGCUCCUGAGCCUGAGCCUCAAGGCGGGCGAGCGGGCGGGCAUGCGCGUCGACGCCAACGAGGUGCUCACAGUGGCACCGGACACGCCCGCCGCCAUGGCCGGCCUCCGUGCUGGGGAUGUGGUGGCGGAGGUGGACGGGGUCGCGGUCGGCGAGGGAGGGGCGACGACGCUGCUGCACGCGCUCUCCGACCGGUCGAGGCCCUCCCGCAGUCUCACCGUCGUGCGGCGCCGCGCCGCCUCCUCCAAGUCCGCGUCGCCCGCCACGGAGGCCAAGGCAGAGGGGGCAGAGGGGGCAGAGGGCGGGCUCGAGGAGGCGCGCUGCAGACACACAUGCCGAGCUGCUGUCUGA